AUGCCCCUUGUGAAGGACCUCCUCCACCCAUCCCUGGAAGAGAAGAGGAAGCCGAGGAAGAAAGGCCUGGUACAGAGCCCCAAACCCUACCCCAUGGAUGUGAAGUGCCAUGCAGAGACAGUAGUUUUGUGUGUUGGCUGCCCCACUGUCCUUUGCCAGCCCACAGGAAGAAAAGCAAGGCUUACAGAAGGAUGCUUCUUCUUAAGGAAGCAGCACGAAAGCAUCCUGAAUCAAGGCACCUAG